AUGGACUCCUCCACCGUCACCAGAUUAUUCAGAAGACUAGCGAAUCAUCACUUCUGUCAUGAUCGGACCCGAGCACUGCCCAGGACGGCACGUCAGCACGCCGGAUCAAUACGCAACCUCUCUUCCGCUCCACGCGAUCCGACAGAUGGAAGCUCGUGGCAGCAGCGGACCGACAAUUUUCCAAGCGACAAGACAAAUGAAUAUCAGCGAUAUCCUGUGCUUACAGCAGAUGCUCUGCGCACGCGGAGAGAAAGACCACGGAGGGUCAAGAUGCUGUUGAGAGAUUUUGUUGAAGACAGUCUAUACAACCCUCACUACGGCUACUUCAGUAAAAAUGUGACGAUUUUCCAUCCCGGCAUGCCGUUUGAGUUCGAUAAGAUAAAAGACGAGCCGGAACUGCAGAAGAUACUUGGGCAUCGAUAUACACAGUUCGAGGACAAGCUUGAUGAAAUUGAGCAAAGUGACACACGACAACUUUGGCACACGCCGACGGAACUCUUCAGGCCAUUUUACGGCGAAGCCAUUGCCCGCUACAUGGUCGCCAAUUACAAGUUAUCCUUGUAUCCCUAUCAUGACCUGCUCAUUUACGAGAUGGGUGCCGGAAACGGCACGCUUAUGCUGGACAUAUUGGACUACAUUCGCAACACCGAUCCCGAGGUCUAUGCGAGAACCAAGUUUCGCAUAAUCGAGGUGUCCUCCGCACUGGCAACAUUGCAGAUGAACAAGCUGAAGACAGAUGUGGCAAGCAAAGGCCAUCUUGGCAAGGUCGAGAUCGUCAACAAGUCCAUAUUCGAUUGGGACUCGUACAUCUCUACGCCGUGCUUUUUCCUGGCGAUGGAAGUCUUCGACAACUUCGCGCACGAUGUCAUCCGUUACGAUCUCGUCACAAAAGAACCAUUGCAAGGAUCCGUCCUGAUUGACAGCCAAGGCGACUUCUACGAAUUCUACAGUCGCAAACUGGACCCCAUCGCUGCCCGCUACCUUCGACUCAGGGAAAAAGCGAGUCAGAACCGCAAAUAUUCUACGCCGGUUCGGGACCCAGGAUUCAUGCAGACCCUUCGCUACAAGCUACCGUUUGCGCCAAACCUGACGGUUCCGGAGUACAUUCCAACUCGCCUGAUGCAAUUCUUCCACAUCCUCCACACGAAGUUUCCCGCCCACCGGCUCAUCACGACGGACUUCCACAGUCUUCCCCAAGCAACGGUCGGCUACAAUGCACCGGUGGUGCAGACCCGCUACCAGCGUCGGACGGUCCUCGUGCGAACUCCAUUGGUACAGCAAGGCUACUUCGAUAUCAUGUUCCCGACCGACUUUGGUGUCAUGGAGGACAUGUAUCGUGCCAUCACAGGCCGACUUUCUAGGGUGAUGACCCACGAGACGUUUUUCCAGAGAUGGGCGUACGCGGAGGACACGCAACUACGCAGUGGUGAAAACGCACUGCUGAAUUGGUACAAGAACCAAAGCGUCAUGCUCACAGUGUGA